AUGAAUCAAACCGAAAGCUUUCUUUCGGGUUCACAAACUUUUGUCCGUUUAAUGGGUUAUGAAGUGGUAUAUACGAAAUGGACUGUUUGUUUUGCUCUUUUACUUGCAUGCAUAACAUAUGACCAAAUUUCUUAUCAGUUUCAAAAGAGGCAUCUUCCCGGUCCUCUCCUUAAGGUUCCCUUUAUGGGAUCCUUUUUGGACAGCAUGAAGCCAACCUUUGAAAAGUACAAGACCAAAUGGGAUUCCGGUCCACUUUCGUGCGUUUCUGUUUUUCACAAGUUUGUCGUCAUUGCCUCGGAACGCGACCUGGCCAGAAAAAUCUUGAACUCUCCUAGCUACGUUCAACCUUGCGUCGUUGAUGCCGGAAAGAAGAUCUUGAAGCAUACUAAUUGGGUCUUUUUGGAUGGCCGUGAUCAUGUUGAAUACCGUAAAGGUCUGAAUGGCUUAUUUACUACUCGGGCACUUGGUGUUUACUUGCCCGCUCAAGAGGAAGUAUACAACAAGUACUUUAAGGAGUUUGUAAACCAUAGCCAAGGAAAGUAUACGGAAUUCAUGAUUCCUUUCCGUGAUAUCAAUGUUGCUACCUCUUGUCGUACUUUCUGUGGCCAUUACAUCUCUGACGAUGCCAUCAAACACAUUGCUGAUGAAUACUGGAAUAUCACCGCUGCUAUGGAACUCGUCAAUUUCCCUCUUGUUUUACCCUUCACAAAGGUCUGGUAUGGUAUCCGUUCUCGUAAGGUCGUUAUGCAAUACUUCAUGAAGGCUGCCGCUGCCUCUCGUAAAAGUAUGGAAGCCGGUAAUUCUCCCACCUGCAUGAUGGAAGAAUGGAUUCGCGAAAUGAUUGAAACUCGCAAGUACAACAGCAAUAAGGGCUUAGAUGGUUCUGAAAAGCCGAGUGUUUUGAUUCGUGACUUUUCCGAUGAAGAAAUCUCGCUCACUUUCUUAUCCUUUUUAUUUGCUUCUCAAGAUGCUACUUCUAGUAGUAUGACGUGGCUUUUUCAGUACCUGGCCGAUUGCCCUGAUGUCUUGCAGAAGGUUCGCGAAGAACAAUUCCGUAUCCGUGGCGGCGAUCCCAAUGUACCCAUCAGUUUGCAAUUGCUAGAAAAAAUGACCUACACCCGAAUGGUGGUCACUGAAUGUUUACGCCUUCGUCCCCCUGUUCUGAUGGUUCCUUAUCGUGUUAAGAAAUCUUUCCCCAUCACUCCAGAAUACACGGUUCCCAAAGAUUCUAUGGUUAUUCCUACUCUUUAUGGUGCUUUGCACGAUCCCAAAGUCUACCCUGAUCCCGAAUCUUUCAAACCCGAACGCUGGGAACCCAAUGGACUUGCCCAACAAAACCCCAAAAACUGGAUGGUCUUUGGUAACGGUCCACAUGUUUGUUUGGGUCAACGUUAUGCGGUUAAUCAUCUAAUUGCUUGUGUCGGUAAAGCUAGUUUAAUGCUCGAUUGGUCACACAAGCGCACCGUUGACUCUGACACUCAAAUGAUUUUUGCUACUACUUUCCCUCAAGAUAUGUGCUUGCUUAAAGUUACUCCUUUCGAUCUCGCUACUUUAAAGUCUCACGUUGAGCAAGACGUCAAGUCGCAAGCUUCUACUGCUACUACAAUUCCAACUAGCGACUAA